AUGGUCACGGUGUCAGAUGAGGAGCAGAGACAGGAGGAGAGACAGGAGGAGAGACAGGAGGAGAGACAGGAGCAGAGACAGGAGGAGAGACAGGAGGAGAGACAGAGGAGAGAGGAGAGGAGAGACAGGAGGAGAGACAAGAGAAGAGAGGAGAGGAGA